AUGCAUGAAGAUAAAAGUGUUGAGGAGAAGGAAGCCAAAUACAUACCUACCAAACCAUAUAUCCCCCUUUUGCCUUUUCCACAAAGGGCAUUCAAGUCAAAGUUUGAUGCUCAAUUUGGGAUGUUCUUGGAGGUGCUCAAAAAGCUCUAUAUCAACUUCCCAUUCACAGAGGUUUUUUCUCAAAUGCCAUCCUAUGCAAAAUUCUUAAAGGAGAUCCUAUCCAACAAAAGGAGGCUUAGGGAGUAUGAAAUAGUAGCACUGACCGAGGAGUGUAGUGUAAUUCUUCAAAACAAGCUUCCUCCAAAGCUUAAAGAUCUAGGUUGUUUCUCUAUUACUUAUUCUAUUGGUGUGCUGAAUAUUGAUAAGGCUCUUUGUGAUCUUGGUGCUAGUAUGAGCUUAACGCCCUUAUCAAUAUGUGAGAAGUUGAGAUUGGGAGAGCUCAAACCAAUCACCAUCUCUCUAUAA